GGUCCUGCAGGUCCACCUGGCCCACCAGGACCUCCUGGUCCUAAAGGACCGGAUGGUACAGGCGGUGGACCGGCACAACCAGGACCACCAGGCCCGCCUGGACCACCAGGAAAACCAGGACCACCAGGCCCAGAUGGACCCCCUGGUGCACCUGGACCAGCAGGUGUGCCCGGUGGCGAUGGAGCCUACUGUCCUUGUCCACCAAGAUCGAGCGCUAUUCUUCGUCAAAGAAGUCGUGCCAUUGCCAGGGGACGGGUUGUUGCGAAGCACUAGUCGAAUGUUCUAUGGAUAUUUUCGUGAACUUCUUUUGGAUUGCUUCCUCGUGGACGAAAUAAAAGAUUUUCAGUCCCUUUCGUCGAAAUAUUUGAAAGUCCUGCAGAAGAAAGGAAGUGUAGCUCUAUACUAUCCUUGAAA